UUGCCUCAUAUACGUAUACCAGAAUUGAAUGCAGUUUUCAUGUUAGACACGGGGAGCACAAGAUCGUUUAUCAGCCCGGAGGUAGCAAAUUAUUAUUAUAAAAGUUUUAAGCUAUUCGAGCCUUUCGAAGUCAUCAGCACUCAUGCGUCAAGUAGACAUGAGGAAGUUGUUUAUAUUACCUUGCCUAGCAUUUUUAAAACUCAAAUAAAACAUAAAUUUUACGUUUAUAGUGUGGACGAAAGAUAUGAUGGCUUAAUAGGAAGCGAAUUAUUAAAAGUUUUAGAUGCUUCUAUCGAUAUGAAAAAUUUAACUCUAAUUACAAAAAAUGCUAAAAUUCCUAUAAUUUAUUCACCACCGAUAAAAAAAACGUAUAUGUUGCCGCCAAGAUGUGAACUUAGAGUUUCAUUACCAGUAAACCUAAGUAAAGGAGAAGCAAUUUUGAAUCACGUACAAUUUAGCGAAGGUGUUAGAAUGCCGACAGCUUUGGUUAAGUGUGAAAAUAGUCUCGCCACCACAGUAAUACAAAAUUGUACUGACGUAGAACAAAAACUGGUAGUUACGUCACCUUUUAAAGUGGAACCAUUUGAAAUAGCAACAUUAUUAAAGAAAAACAAUGAAACAAAUUUAAAUUUUGCAAAUCACCGAGAUGUAAACGAACUACUUCAUGAAAAUUUAAAAAAGUUGAGGUUAGAUCAUAUGAAUGAAGAGGAGAAAAAUAUGAUAGAAAAAUUAUGUAGAGAAUAUAAAGAUAUCUUCUACUGCGAACAUUUACCCUUAACAUUUACUAAUGAAGUAAAACACGAGAUAAGGACUAAAAACGAGGAUCCAAUCAAUAUUAAAGCUCACCGUCUACCACCAGUCCAAACGGAAGAAAUAAAAAGACAGGUAGAAAAAAUGUUAAAAGAUAACAUUAUUCAGGAAUCUCACUCUCCUUGGAGUGCACCGGUUCAUCUAGUGCCAAAAAAAUUAGACGCAUCGGGUAUCAAAAAAUGGAGAAUGGUCAUAGAUUAUCGAAGAAUAAACGAAAUUACGACUGAUGAUAAAUAUCCUUUGCCCAACAUUAACGAUCUAUUCGACAUGUUAGGUAAAAGUACAUAUUUUACAACACUGGACUUAGCAUCAGGCUAUCACCAGAUAGAAGUCAGAGAAGAAGAUAGAUCAAAGACCGCAUUUAGUACACCUUUCGGUCACUAUGAGUUUAAUAGAAUGCCUUUUGGAAUGAAGACAGCUCCUGCUACGUUUCAAAGAGCAAUGGACAACGUGCUGAGAGGACUACAAGGAAUACAUUGUUUAGUCUAUUUGGACGAUGUCAUUAUUUUCUCAAAAAGCUUACCUGAACACAUAGAAAAACUUAAAGCCGUUUUUGAAAGAUUUAGAAGAACAAACCUCAAAGUACAGCUGGAUAAGUCACAUUUUUUAAGAAAAGAGGUGUUGUACUUAGGUCAUACAAUAACUAAUGAGGGCCUCAAGCCCAAUACAGAUAAAAUAGAUGCUGUACUUAAGUACCCUCUUCCAAAAACAGUGACAGAAAUCAAAAGUUUUUUAGGAUUAGUCGGUUACUAUCGCAAAUUCAUCAAAGACUUUGCGAAAAUAACAAGACCUCUUACAGCUUGUUUAAAAAAGGGUAAUAAGAUAAUUUUGAACGAAGAAUAUAAGGAAAGUUUUGAAACCUGUAAAAAACUUUUAACAAAUGCUCCAUUAUUACAAUUUCCAGAUUUUGAAAAACCUUUUAUAUUAACAACCGAUGCAUCCAAUUUUGCUAUUGGAGCGGUUCUAUCACAGGGCACUAUUGGAAACGAUAAACCAAUAGCUUACGCAAGUAGGACAUUAAGUGACACAGAAACUAGAUAUAGUACUAUAGAAAAAGAGCUUUUAGCGGUAGUUUGGGCGGUAAAACAUUUCAGACCCUAUUUAUACGGAAAAAAAUUUACUAUUUAUACGGACCACAGGCCUCUAGCCUGGCUAUACUCUCUUAAAGAACCCAACAGUAAGUUAACCCGUUGGCGACUUAGAUUGGAAGAAUACGAUUUUGAAAUUAAAUAUAAAAAAGGACAGCAAAACACAAACGCAGAUGCCCUGUCAAGAAUAAGAUUAAACGCAUUAGAUAACGAUCUCGACUCAACUUUAGCUAAUAUAGACGAUGAAGAUGAACGUAUAAAACAAAUAGUCAAAGAAUUAAACGACGAAUUUGUAACAAUUAGAGAUAAGAAACCUAAAACACCAUCAGUUAUAUCAAAUUACGACACAGAAAGUGAAAGAUCCAUAGUUGUUUCUGAUAUCGAAGUUGAGCCACCAAUGGAACUGAUGGAAUUAUCAGACGAUGGUGUCACAGCUAACUCAAUAUCAAACAGGGAACAUGAAGGGAUUCCUAUCCUGAAUGAAGCUAUAGACACAAAACCACGUCAAAUUUUAGUCUCCACAUGGUUUACUGAUAAAAUAUCUGUUAAAGAUAUUUCAAAUAAGAAGCAACGUAUACUAGAAGUUCACAUGCCUCUAAAUAAUGAGAGACUUGUCAAACAGUUUCUUAAAGAAUAUAUUGAUUUUAAACAUAAAUAUUAUAUCUAUUUCGAAAACGCGGAAUUCAGGAAAUCUUUUAGUAGAGUAGUAAUCGAAUUAUACAAAAAGGGAACUUAUAAUUUGAUCGAAUGUACAGACAGAAUAGUUAAUCUAACCGAUUCAGAACAAGACCAAAGACGAGUAGUUGUAGCGUACCACGAAGGAAAAACGUGUCAUAGAGGUAUCAACGAGACCUUAGCAAAAAUCAAAAGACACUACUGGUGGGCAAACAUGAAAGAAACUAUAACAGCCAUUAUUAAUUCAUGCGAGCCGUGUCGAAAAAUGAAAUACGAAAGAAAACCCAUAAAACCUCUUAUCCAACUAACACAAAAUCAAUACAGCCCAUUCCAAGAAGUCUUCAUGGAUCUUUUAUUUAUAGAAAAACAGUAUUACCUUACUGUGGUUGAUGCUUUCAGUAAGCUUGGACAGGCUAUAAACAUUCCCAAUAGAAGUACACCAGAAGUAGUCAGAGCAUUAAUAAAAUAUUUCAGUAUGUACGGAAUUCCACGCAAAAUAAACAGCGAUUCCGGAGCUGAAUUUAAUAAUGAACUAAUUAAAGAACUUUUAAACCUGUACAAAAUAGAACUUCAUAUUAGCACACCAAAUAAUCCUAGUUCAAUGGCCAUAGUGGAAAGAUUCCACUCCACAGUAAUCGAAAUAUAUAGGUUGGCAAAGUAUGAUAAAAGUGAUCUUGAUGCAUGUUCAGUAAUGACAUACGCUAUAAUGGCAUACAAUAAUAGUAUCCAUUCAGCAACGGAAUUCACGCCUUUUGAAAUAGUUUUCGGUAAUACUGACAGCGUCGUUGUUGUUAACUUAAUUCGCUCGUGUAUCUCAUGCCAGAGAUCGAAAGUAUCGAGACACGUACACGCCCCUAUCCAGGAUUUUAAGCUUCCUACGGCCCGUUUCUCUCACGUUCACGUAGACUUGAUAGGUCCACUUCCCGUCUCUGAUGAUUACCGAUACUGCUUCACAGCUAUAGAUAGGUUUACCAGGUGGCCGGAGGCAGUGCCGUUAAAGGAUAUCAGAGCGGAGAGUGUAACAAAAGCUUUUAUAUCAUCGUGGAUAUCACGUUUUGGUUGCCCAGAAAAGGUAACCACAGAUAGGGGGAAACAGUUUGAAUCUCAUCUUUUCAGGCAGAUAUCAGCGCUUAUAGGUUCACGACAUAUACAAACUACUGCGUAUCACCCGGCUGCCAAUGGUCUAGUGGAACGCUUCCAUCGACAACUUAAGGCAGCUAUUAUGUGUCACGCAGACGAGAACUGGACUGAGAAACUUCCACUUGUACUUCUGGGUAUUCGUAGUGCAUGGAAGGAUGAUUUGUCUGCUUCUACUGCUGAACUAGUUUACGGAGAACCGCUUAAGUUACCCGGCGACUUGUUUGAACCGACGGCUGAUAGACUGACUGACUACACCGACUUUCUGGACAGGUUGCGUUUACAUAUGAAAAGGUUACAACCUACACCAGAUACUGGACAUGGUACACGUAAAAUCUUCGUUUUUAAAGAUUUAGCGACUGUUUCACAUGUAUUUUUACGACAGGACUUUGUACGGAGAUCGUUACAACCACCUUAUGCCGGUCCGUAUAAGGUAAUAGAGCGCGGUAAAAAAAAUUUCAAAAUUGACGUUGCUGGUAGAAUAGUCAACGUUUCUAUCGACAGGUUGAAACCGGCCUAUAUCCUGACGGAUGAACCAGGUAGUUCUGGUGCGACGUCGACUAUACCAAGGACGCAGGGGACUAACGCUGCGAGUGAUGGUACAAGAGCACUUUCAACUCCUCCGCAAUUCAGGACGUCUCACUACGGUCGCCGAGUACGAUUCCCUGAUUUCUAUCGACCUUAA